AUGUCGCUCGAAAGGCGACUAUUCGAAUCCGACAGUGAUGAAGAAAACAUCCACCAGGAAGAAUUUGUGAAUCGGCGAAAUCCGCGAAAUGAACCGACCGACUUCAAUAUACCGGUCACGAAUGCAGCGGACGCCGACCCGGCCUUUAACUUAAACAGGCGAUCGAAGGAAGCGUCCCAAUAUGAGAGCUUGGAUUACGAUGUGUGCGAAAAUGUGCUGUGGCGCCGGGAACAAACGAAGAUCAAACCAAAGUUCACCGUACGGAAGGAUUUUUCCCGCUGGGUCAUUUCGCUCCAAAUCGGUGUCUGUACCGCGAUUGUUGCCUGCUGCAUCAACAUCGUGAUCGAGGAGGUUUCCCGUCUGAAGUACGCAUUCCUAAAGAGCCAGGUCGACGAGAAUGUGCUGCGAGGUGAUCUGAGCAUUCCCUAUCUGUACUGGUCGCUGCUAAAUCUCGUCCCGGUCGUCAUUGGUGCUACGCUAGUUGCAUACAUUGAACCGGUCGCUGCUGGCAGUGGUAUCCCGCAGGUGAAAUGCUACCUGAACGGUGUCAAAGUGCCACGAAUCGUACGCAUCAAAACGCUAGCGGUGAAAGCGGUUGGAGUGGCCACAUCCGUAAUCGGUGGCCUAGCCGGUGGAAAGGAAGGACCGAUGAUACACAGCGGUGCGGUCAUUGCGGCCGGCAUUUCGCAAGGCAAAAGCACCACCUUUCGGCGAGAUUUGAAGAUACUGCAGCACUUCCGGGACGAUCAUGAAAAGCGCGACUUUGUGGUGGGUGGUGCUGCGGCAGGUGUAGCGGCCGCUUUCGGUGCUCCGAUCGGUGGGAUUCUAUUCUCGCUCGAAGAGGCAGCCAGCUUCUGGAACCAGAGUCUCAUUUGGCGCACGUUUUUCGCCUCGAUCAUUAGCUCGUUUACGCUCAAUCUGAUCCUGUCGGCAUACCACGGGCUGAGCAGCUUCCACUACCGUGGUUUGUUUAAUUUGGGCGAAUUUGCACCGCUUCCGUUCGAGUACUUUGAGUUGCCGAUCUUUAUGCUGAUGGGCAUGCUGGGAGGAUGUUCUGGAGCGCUUUGGAAUGCGGUAAACAGUAGGAUCAACAUGUUUCGGGCACACGCCAUCAAGCCACGAUGGGCAAAGGUUUUGGAAGCGGCAUUUGUUGCCGUGUUGGGCGCUACCUUUGCCUGCCUGAUGGCUUACACGAUCAAUGACUGCCGACCGUUGGGACGCGAUCCAACCGAGCAUCCGGUGCAGCUGUUCUGCCAGGACAAUGAGUAUAAUGCUGCUGCGGCACUCUGGUUCCAAACGCCCGAAGCAACGGUGAAGGCACUCUUCCACGAUCCUCCCGGUUCACACAAGAUACUCACGCUGGCGGUAUUUGUGCUGAUCUACUAUCCGCUGUCGUGUGUUACGUACGGGCUGAGCGUAUCGCUUGGAAUAUUCAUUCCCACGCUACUGAUCGGUGCCGCCUGGGGACGUUUGCUCGCGUCCUUCACAGUGCUCGCCUUUCCCGCUUCGAGUGCAUUUGUGUCGCCAGGGAAGUAUGCGCUGAUUGGAGCAGCCGCCCAACUGGGAGGCGUUGUACGAAUGACGCUUAGCUUGAGUGUUAUCCUACUGGAAACGACCGGUAACAUUGGCUUUAUACUACCAAUCAUACUAACACUGAUGACGGCCAAAUGGAGCGGAGACUACUUCAACGAAGGCAUCUAUGACAUUCAAAUCCGCACAUCGCGUGUUCCGAUGCUUCCAUGGCACGUAGAGCCGGAGUAUCAAAAUCUCUCCGCGCGUCACAUUAUGGCCCGUCCGGUCGUCUGCGUACGACUGGAGGAGAAGGUUCAAUAUCUGAUGGACAUACUGAAAAAUACGUCCCACAAUGGUUUCCCCGUGGUGGAAGAUGGUGAUGAUGGAUCACGUGUUAACGGUCGUCUGAUCGGAUUGAUCUUGCGCUCCCAGCUGGUGGUGAUACUGAAGCACAGCUACUACCAAGAAUCGAGCAGCUUCUGGGAGUCCACCGUCAGUAUUGAAGCGUUUCGCGAUGCUUAUCCACGCUAUCCAGCCGUUGAGGAUCUGCACGUGAACGCACACAAAAGGAGCGGAAAAUUCUCCGUAAACAUGGAAAUGUUUAUGAACCCUUCACCGUACAGCGUCGAGGAAGGCACAUCGGUACCACGCAUCUUCCAAUUGUUUCGGGCCCUUGGUUUGCGCCAUCUCGUCGUAGUGUCGUCGGAGAAUCGUGUGCGGGGCAUAAUUACGCGCAAAGAUUUCCUGAAGCAUCAUUAGAUAGCGCACUUCUCUCUCUCUUUCUUAAGCGGUAUACCAUGCCAAAAUGUGAAUUUGUGA